GUGACCGCUCUGUCCUCCUAAAAGCAAACUGGCUACAGGUACUCAUCUUAACUCUAUGUUUCCGUUGCCAUGACAAUGAAGGUCAUCUCAUCCUGCCAGAUAGGUCAAGAUGUGACUUGAUGUCGAUGGUCAAUUCAGUAGCGAUCCUGGACAUCGUGCGGAGGAUGAAGCAGCUGGCCCAGAAGUUCCAAGCUCUGAAGACAACGCAAGAUGAAUACUUCUACCUCAAACUUCUUAUUCUUCUAAACCCAGAUGCGAAAAACCUCUCCCAGCCAUCAAGGGUACGCAGUUACCAGGAAAGAGUCCAGGAGAAUCUCUUUGACCUUGGCAUGGCAAGGGAAGGCAUCUCUGCAGGCAUGAAGAUAGGAGAGCUCCUCCUCAAGCUCUCAGAGCUUGAACGUCUCUCCCAUCUCAUCAAGGAGCACUUGGUCUUUACACAGGUUGCGGGACAGCUUGGUCCUAGGAACUACUCAAACCUAGAGAAUAUGCUGGAAGACGACUAGAGAAAUAGACACCUAUUGCAUCUCAUCAAGGACCAUUUGGUAUUUACUCAGGUUGCUGGUCAGCUUGGUCUCAGGAAUUACUUGAUCCUAGAGAACAUGCCGGAAGAUGACUAGAGGAUCCUUUGCGGACCUCUCUUGUGACUUUUCCAAUCAAGGACUUCGUUCAGUUUUCAGUAGGUACUCCAACCUAAAAGCGUAAUGGAGAAUACCGGUAUGCUUGUAUAUUUCUUCAAAGAUCAGUGUUAUGAUUUAAUGUUGGGGAAAAGUACAUGUAUGUAGAUACUUUGAACUACUGUAUUAAACCCAAGUAUUUACAUUGUAUGCAUGACAAUAUCAAGAGAAUAUUAUUUACCAUAGGAUAUGUGUGCAGUUUCUUUUCAUCAAUCUCUAACACCAAGGGAUUUGCAUAAUGCUGCUUACAAAUGUAGUUAUACAAAUGACUUGACUGUAGGAAUGUACCAACAUGUACAGCUAAAACUACCUGACAUUCCAGCAAAUAUAACUGUAUUUCAAAUAAUUUCAUUAAGAUUGUGACGAAAGCAAUGCAAGUGUACUCUGCAAGCGACCUGUGGGUAGCAAACAAAGUCACCCAUAAGUUGCACGCAAGACUUGCACGGAAAGAUGUGACAGACCCUUAAUAGACACUCAGAUCUUUGAUAAUGGGGUACAACUACAAGUGAGCUUUGUUUCAUGGUAGCUUGUACACAUGCAUAGACAUACAUGAAUAUGUUUUACUAAUAUAGAAUAUAUCAUUGAUUGACUUCAUCUUUCUGGGAGAGAACAUUUACAUUUGGAUCUUUAUCGUUGGAACAGUAUUCUUGUUUCCACACAAAGUGCCUGAAUUAUUGGCUUGGGACUUUGAUAUGCAGUCAAUUUUCAAGGCCGAACCGUUCUGUGAAAUUGUCGAUAUUCCUGCAUUAGAAAUGAUAUGGAAAUGGUUUGAAAUUCAACAGAUGGUUGGUCUCCUUUCCCUUAAUCAAUACGGUAUUCACAUUAGAUGGACACCUGCUUACUCUUUGAACAAUGCAUGUUUUGGGUUUUUGUUGUUGUGUUUUUGUCAAUAUGCUUGUAACAUAUGUGUAUACAUACAGGUAUCUCUAUCAGGGAUGCUGCUUCCUUUCAGUUUAGUCUGAAUUCAGACUUUCUCAACAUAUUAUUGGCCAUAGAAACACCCUUUUUAUGUAGGAAAAGGUUUAUUGUAGAUGAUUUUAACACCUUUUUAUACGCCUGCCUAGACGAGACAUACAUGUAUAUUGGUAUCACGCUUGGUGCCCAUCUGUCUGUCCAUUUGUAACUAUUCCUUGUAAACAUGAUAACUUCAAUUUAACAUAACCUAGGUUCGUAAAAUUUGGUUUGUAUGAUACUAGACUUUUUAUUUUUGGGUCAAAGAUCAAGGUCACAGUGACAUGUUUUCAUUUUACCCUUCUGAAGUCCUUGUAAAUGCGAUAACUAAGCUAGGCUCAUAUAAUUUGGUGUGUAUGAUACUAGAAUGGAUCUCAGGCAGCCUAUUGAUUUUGAGCUCAAGGUUCAAAGGUCAAGGUCACAGUGACAUGUUUCAUCUUACCCUUCUGAAGUCCUUGUAAACAUGAUAACUUUAGUUUAACUUUACCUAGGCUCAUGUAAUUUGGUGUGUAUGAUACUAGCAUGGAUCCCGGGAAGUCUUUUGAUUGUGAGGUCAAAAGGUCAAGGUCACAAUGACAUGCUUUCAUCUUGCCCUUCUGAAGUCCCUGUAAAUGCGAUAACUUCAGAUUAACUUUAAUAACCUAGGCUCAUAAUUUGGUGUGCAUGAAACUAGCAUGAAUCCCAGAAAUUCUCAUGAUUUUGAGGUCAAAAGGUCAAGUCGCCACCUUCAACUUUUCUUGCUCGACCAAUAACUCCAUUU